AUGCCGUGCCAGGGCCAUUAUAAUCGCCUCGCCGCUGUGCCGUUGGCAGACCUGUCGCUGACGUCAUAUCUAGGUCAUAUGUUGAGAGUAUUCAAAAUGCUGAUAAAAGAAUAUAGAGUCAUUCUCCCUCUCACAGUAGAAGAGUAUCAAGUAGCACAGCUAUUCUCUGUAGCAGAAGCAAGUAAAAAUGAAACUGGCGGAGGCGAAGGUAUAGAAGUAUUGAAAAAUGAACCGUUCGACAAUUAUCCUUUACUAGGUGGGAAAUAUAGUAAAGGUCAGUACACAUACAAGAUUUACCAUUUGGCUAGCAAAGUUCCAACAUUCAUUCGACUCUUAGUUCCGAAAGGAGCUUUAGAAAUUCAUGAAGAAGCAUGGAAUGCCUAUCCAUAUUGUCGUACUAUUAUUACAAAUCCUGGCUAUAUGAAGGAAAACUUUAGUAUCUUGAUCGAAUCUUACCAUAUUGCUGACAGGGGAAAUCAAGAAAAUGUCCAUGAACUCUCAGCAGAAAAACUUAAGAAACGUGAAAUAGUUACGAUUGACAUUGGGAAUGAUCCUAUAAAUCAGGCUGAUUAUAAACCGGAUGAAGAUCCAUCAAAGUUUUCAUCUCAAAAAACUGGUCGUGGACCACUGCAAUCCAACUGGAUCGAAUCGGUUCAACCAGUAAUGACCUGCUAUAAGCUUGUAACUGUAGAAUUCAAAUGGUUUGGACUUCAAUCGCGAGUUGAAAAUUUUAUUCAACGCUCUGAACGAAGGUUGUUUACGACUUUCCACAGACAACUAUUUUGUUGGAUGGAUCGUUGGCAUGGAUUGACGAUGGAAGACAUCCGCAGUAUUGAAGAAAAGACAAAAGAAGAACUGGAUAAACAGCGAAAUGUUGGCGAAGUAAGAGGAAUGAAAGCAGAUGGUGAUUAA